AUGAGGGCGCUCAUCACGUACCUGUUUGAAUCGACUGACGCACGGCGUAUUGUCAUCGACCCACAGGUGUCGAAUUGCCGCGCGAUUCGCUCUUAUGAGAAGGCCGGAUUCAGAAAGUUCAAGGUGCUGCCCAAGCACGAGUGGCACGAAGGGGAGUACAGGGACUGUUGGAUCAUGGUCAUCGAUCGCGAGUGA